UUCUUCUUCUUCUAUGUUGCUCUCAGAUCUUCGUUUUAAUGUAAAAUGGCGUCCUUGGUAGCAGCUCCUAUCUCUUUCUCAGGUGACUCUCAUGUCAAAGAACACCGUUUGUCUUCUACAAACUUCAAUGCCAUUCGCAAGAGCUCUGCAUUGACUGUUAAAACAACAUCAAAUCGCAGUCACAAACUCUCGGUCUCUGCAGGUUACCGUGGCGGAAGUAAGGGUGGUGGAAGUAGUGAUUUUGUUACCGGUUUUCUUCUAGGAAGUGCUGUGUUUGGAACUCUCGCUUAUAUCUUUGCUCCACAGAUCCGAAGAUCAGUGCUGAACGAGAAUGAAUAUGGUUUCAAGAAACCGGAGCAGCCGAUGUACUAUGAUGAAGGCCUAGAGGAGAGAAGAGAGAUAUUGAAUGAGAAAAUCGGCCAACUCAAUUCAGCAAUUGACAACGUUUCGUCGCGUCUGAAAGGCGGUAGAAGCGGUAGCAGCAAGAACAGUUCUUCGCCGUCUGUCCCCGUUGAAACUGACGCAGAAGCAGAGGCUACUGCAUGAUUGAAGCUCUCUGCUCUAUUUUACCAAUUGAAAACUGCCUUUCAUUGGUUCUGUGUUUUUUCUGUUGGAACCAUUCGAGGGGCUUUUCCGACUUUUAGAUAUUAAAAAAAAAGACAAUCG